GGUCUGGAGAUGAUGGUAGGCAGGUGAGGACCAAGAAGAUCCGGAUGCAGGCCAAGUACGGAUGCAGGAACGUGGGUGCAGUAGCAGGCAGGUAUGGCGGCAACCAGGAUACAGACCAGGAGCGGACACAGGAACGUAGGUGCGGCAGCAGGCAGAUAUGGCGGCAACCAGGAUACAGGCCAGCAGUGUCAGACAAGCUGGGUCAGGAUCAAUUGAGUGGAUCAGGUACAAGGGAGCAGGCAAGCGGAUAGUCAGGGAUAAGCUGGGUCGGUGCAGGCGGAGUUCUUUCUUAGUCAGGGUCAGAUCAGAUAUAGGCAACAGAAUUAGGUUAUGAAGUGCAGGACGUU